UUUAAAAAAAAGAAGUGUAUAAUCGGACUGCAGGCACUUUUCCUAAAUCGAAGGAAAACUCAAGAGAAGUCUUUUGAACCGCGUCAUACAAAAAUGUGACCCGCUUACAUACAUAAACACAUGGCGCGCAUGUCCGGAAGCCUAUGCCUGCGACCUUGCGACUGCCUUCAGUUGUAUGUUGAAUACGCGUUUGAGGCACAUGGUUUUGCUUAAUCUCUGCUUUCUUAGUUCGGAUAAAAGAUCAACCAGCAGCUACAAUGGACAAACUAGUGAGAGAAAGUCAGAAAGAUCAGGUAAUUGGUCAAAUGGUUCGAAUAAAGAAAGGCCAGGAGAAACCAGAAGCCUUUCGCCUGAUGACUGAUAAUGAAGUUCUUCAGAUGCAGAUGAAAAUAAUUUUCAAUUGGAAACCUCACUCACAAAUGUGGCCAUUUUCCUGGGGUGUUGGCAUUCUUGGGGGUGCAGCCUGCUUAACUGGACUUUUUGUCAACAAUAUUUGUCGACAAAAGCUCCAUCUGAUGACCUUCGCACGUGUUUCGACCUUUGCACCAACUGUGGUUCUUCCUGCCCUUUUAACGACCACCUUGCACAAUAUCUUAAUAACAAAUAACAUUUUAUUGGGAAACUUCCCUUGUACUGUUUGUGCUGCUACACAAUCUGGUGCCAUUCAGGCUGCUUUUGGAGCAGUAUAUCCAAUGAUAAUUGGACCACUUGUAUGCAUAAUAACAGCACGCAAAUACCACACUUACGCUGUUCCAAGCGUCAGAAAUAUUUCAGAGCUAUCAUCGUUCCUUCGAAAGACCACGCCUGUGGCCGGGUCAUUGAUGGCUUUGCUUCUAGUUAACUUUGGACUUGGUAUGCUGAUUUCUGAAAGAGAGACUACACUUUUUACAAAAUAUUUGAGUCCAUCUUUAGCCUCUCCCAAAGAGUUUGAUGACGAGGGAUUCAAGUGAGAGAUUUUGUUAAAAUUAUAUCUUUAUGAUUUUUUUUUUUUAUGUAAGAAGAAAAUGGAACACAUAGAAGGCACGUAGAAUAUUACUCAUAAAACAAAAACUUCUAAUAAAUGAUGAUGAAAUGUUUGAUAAGACUGUUUCAAGUUUUUAUGAUGUGUUUGAUUAUGGUAUAUGUUUGUAAAUUGAUUUUGAUAUGAGAAUUCACCAAGCAGUCCUAGAUGGAGUUUUCAAUUCAUAACCGAGAAUUUCACUUUCAGUUAGCAUGUUCCAAACUUUGAAGGUAUGUUUUGUUUGUGUGUUUAGUUGUUUUAUUAAAAUUUUGAACCUAUA